AUGGCUGGAAAGCAGUGCUGGCCUGGACACACUUUGCCCCUGCAGAACUACCGGGGGUUUGGUGGUGUGGGGGUUAGGAACAGGAGCCAGCUCUCCCAGGCGCUGAAUGGAUUGUCAGACAGGGCCAAAGAAGCCAAGGAGUUCCUGGUGCAACUCCGCAGCAUGGUGCAACAGAUCCAGGAAAACAGUGUGGAGUUUGAGGCCUGCCUGGUGGCCCAGUGCGAUGCUCUCAUUGAUGCCCUAAACCGAAGGAAGGCUCAGUUGUUGGCCCGGGUCAACAAGGAACAUGAGCACAAGCUGAAGGUGGUUCGGGACCAGAUCUCUCACUGCACAGUGAAACUGCGCCAGACCACGGGCCUCAUGGAGUACUGCUUGGAAGUGAUUAAGGAGAAUGAUCCCAGUGGCUUUCUGCAGAUUUCAGACGCCCUCAUAAGGCGUGUCCACUUAACUGAGGACCAGUGGGGGAAAGGCACACUCACUCCCAGGAUGACCACGGACUUUGACUUGAGCCUGGACAACAGCCCCUUGCUGCAAUCCAUUCACCAGCUGGACUUUGUGCAAGUGAAAGCUUCCUCUCCAGUCCCAGCAACCCCCAUCCUACAGCUGGAGGAGUGUUGCACCCACAACAAUAGUGCUACACUGUCCUGGAAACAGCCCCCUCUCUCCACUGUGGCCGCCGAAGGAUACAUUCUGGAGCUGGAUGAUGGAAGCGGUGGUCAGUUCCGGGAAGUGUAUGUUGGAAAAGAAACAAUGUGCACCGUGGAUGGCCUUCACUUCAACAGCACAUAUAACGCUCGAGUCAAGGCCUUCAACAAAACAGGAGUCAGCCCCUACAGCAAGACACUGGUCCUCCAGACGUCUGAGGCAGCGGGAACACAUGAGACUAAACCUAUGAAGGACACAGACUCAGAAGAGCAGACCCUCCCUUUUCCAGUGCCUUCGGAAAGAUUGCCGCUCCGUAGAAUGAGUCCUUUCUCCUCCACCCUUAAUCUGCAACCCAGCUUCCCCGGGAGAUCCUACUUUGAUUUCCGUUCCUCACCCCACCAGCUGAGCUUGCAUUCUUCUUUACAGUCUCUCAAUGCACCGGGAUGCAAUUUUGAGACACAAUCUGCAUCUUACUCUCAAUUAGUUGACAUUAAAAAGCUGUUGGCAGUGGCUUGGUUUGCUUUUGACCCUGGCUCGGCACACUCGGACAUCAUCCUCUCCAAUGACAACCUGACAGUGACCUGCAGUAGCUACGAUGACCGGGUGGUGCUGGGGAAAACUGGUUUCUCCAAGGGCGUCCACUACUGGGAGCUAACCAUAGAUCGCUAUGACAACCACCCUGAUCCAGCAUUUGGCGUGGCUCGCAUCGAUGUCAUGAAGGAUGUGAUGUUAGGAAAGGACGACAAAGCUUGGGCAAUGUAUGUGGACAAUAACCGGAGCUGGUUCAUGCACAACAACUCGCACACCAACAGAACUGAAGGAGGGAUCACAAAAGGGGCCACCAUUGGAGUCCUCCUCGACUUAAAUAGGAAAACGUUAACAUUUUUCAUCAACAAUGAGCAGCAAGGGCCCAUCGCAUUUGAGAACGUGGAGGGCCUGUUCUUUCCUGCUGUCAGCCUGAACAGAAAUGUGCAGGUCACGCUCCACACUGGGCUUCCGGUCCCCGACUUCUACUCCAGCAGAGCUUCCAUAGCCUAA